AUGAGACCCCCGUCCCCAUCAGAGAACAUAGUCAAUGUACAAGAGAACAAGAAUGGAAUCACUUAUGAAGCUCUUUUCUCUCCGAAAGUUGACAAGACAACUCGAUUUGUUUCUUUCAAUGUAAAUGGAACCAAAACGUUAUUUAAUUAUUAUCCAUGGAACAAUACACAACAAAAUUAUGAUAGAGCAUUUGAAUUAAUGAAUGCUGAUGUAAUAUCAUUACAAGAAUUGAAGCUUUCUCCAUCUAACAUAUCAUCAAUAAAUAUUGGUAACUUGGAAAAUUAUCGGUCAUUUAUAUCAUUACCGAAAUCAAAGAGAGGAUACUCUGGGGUUGGGUUAUUUGUACACAAGAGACUUUCAGUGAUAAAAGCUGAAGAAGGGAUAACUGGAUGGCUAACAAAUGGUGGAGGAGGAACCGAUGGGGGCUCAGGCGUACCAUAUCGAGAAAGCGAGUCCCCUAUUGGUGGUUACCCAAAGCAAAAGACCAUUUCCAAGGAGAGAUCUUUAGAAAUAGAUAGUGAAGGUAGAACUAUAUUCGUUGAGUUGGGAGGAAAAAUUGUGGUUGUUUCAGUGUAUUGUCCUGCAAACUCUAUGGGUACUGAAAAGGGUGAAGAAUUUAGAAUGGAGUUCCUUUCACUUCUUCUCCAACGUUGUUACGAUUUGAAGCAUAUACAUGGAAAAGAUGUUAUUCUCAUGGGUGAUAUUAAUGUCAGCCUUGAUCUUAUUGAUCAUGCAGACACCAUUCAAGAAUUAAUGAAAUCAAAAUUGGUGAAGCCAGUAUCUUCACCUGAAAUUUUUGAAGUAUCAAAUAUGAAUGCUUGUAUUGAAUUUAAAACAUCAAAGCCUGCUCGAGAACUUCUUAACCGAUUUACGGUACCCACAUUAAGUGGACUACAUAAAACAGAUAAACAGUUCUUCCAUGAUACAACGAGAUAUAUUCAGGGUAGAAGAUUAGGAAUGUACACUGUGUGGAACACAAUGACCAGUGCCAGACAAUCGAAUUAUGGAUCAAGGAUCGAUCUUAUACUAGCGAGCUCCAAGGAGCUUCUUGAAAAUGUCGAACUGGCUGAUAUUUGGCCAUUAGUUAAUGGUUCGGACCAUUGUCCGGUAUUUACCGACUUUAAACUAUCUGAUGAGGUUUUGAAUUCUUCAGGAAAUUGUAUCACUUUAAAAUUUGAAGCUAAGUCACAUUUUAAGCUUGUUAGACAUACGGAUAUAUUACAACAUUUCAUGACUUUGAAAUCAAACCCUGAACCUAAAAAACCUAUUACGAAUGUUGACGUUGUUGAUUCACAACCGCAGAAAAAGAGGAAGUUAGAAUAUGUUAGUCGUAAAAAGUCAAAACAAUCUGCGCUGCAAACAUCUAUAUCCAAUUUUUUCUUCAAGGACCCAACAACAACUACAACCAUUGAAUCACCAACAACAAAUGAAGAACCUACGGAAGAUAAACAACAAUUGGCGACUGGGUCACUGCCAAUUUCAAUUACUUCACUUUCUAACUUGAUAUACGGACAAGAACCGAAUUGUCUACAUGGAGAACCAUGUCAAUUGAAGACUAGUUUGAACAAUAUCAAGACAAGGGGAAAAAAGUUUUGGUGUUGUGCUAGAAAUCAAGUUGGUAUGAACUCAGUAGACACUUCCAAUACCGAAACUAUUGGAGAUUAUAGAUGUAACUUCUUUGAAUGGGCGAAGAAAACCUCUUAA